GCGUCCCGCCGUCCCCGGGCGGGAGCCGGCCCCAGUCGGCGGGAGAUGCGUGUGUCCCGGGCUCGGCCGCGCUCCGGGAGUUCAUGCGGCGCUGGAGGCUCCUGGCCGGCGCACUAAUCGCCUUUUGCCGCCGCAGAGCCAGCUCCGUCUCCCGCGGUGAGCCUCCCGGAUCCCCUUGCUGUCUCUGGUGGCGGCGAUGACCGGAGAGAAGAUCCGCUCGCUGCGGAGGGACCACAAGCCCAGCAAAGAAGAGGGGGACCUGCUUGAGCCCGGGGAUGAGGAAGCGACGGCUGCCCUCGGCGGCACUUUCACGGGAGGCAGGCUUGGCACGGGCGGCGGCAAGGGCAGCAAAGCCUGCCAUAAGAUUUUCAGUAACCAUCACCACCGGUUGCAGCUGAAGGCAGCCCCGGCCUCUUGCAACCCCUCGGGCGCCCCGACUCUGCCUUCGCACAAUUCCUCCGUGACUGCCACCUCCCCAUCCCAGGCUCUUGUGGCCAGCACGAGCCCCAUCGCUGUCGUCGCAGACGGAGGCGGUUGCCCCGCACACUAUCCGGUGCACGAGUGCGUCUUCAAGGGGGAUGUGAGGAGAUUGUCCUCUCUCAUCCGCACACAUAAUAUCGGGCAGAAAGAUAAUCACGGAAAUACUCCUUUACAUCUUGCUGUGAUGUUAGGAAAUAAAGAAUGUGCCCAUUUACUUUUGGCUCACAAUGCUCCGGUAAAGGUGAAAAAUGCUCAGGGAUGGAGCCCUCUGGCAGAAGCCAUCAGCUAUGGAGACAGACAGAUGAUUACAGCUCUUCUAAGAAAACUUAAGCAGCAGUCCAGGGAAAGUGUUGAAGAAAAACGACCUCGAUUAUUAAAAGCCCUGAAAGAGCUAGGUGACUUUUAUCUAGAACUUCACUGGGAUUUUCAAAGCUGGGUGCCUUUACUUUCCCGAAUUCUGCCUUCUGAUGCAUGUAAAAUAUAUAAACAAGGUAUCAAUAUCAGGCUUGACACAACUCUCAUAGACUUUACUGACAUGAAGUGCCAACGAGGGGAUUUAAGCUUCAUUUUCAACGGGGAUGCAGCACCCUCUGAAUCUUUUGUAGUAUUAGACAAUGAACAAAAAGUGUAUCAGCGAAUACAUCACGAGGAAUCAGAAAUGGAAACAGAAGAAGAGGUUGACAUUUUAAUGAGCAGUGACAUUUACUCUGCAACUUUAUCAACCAAAUCAAUUUCUUUCACACGUGCCCAAACUGGAUGGCUUUUUCGGGAAGAUAAAACAGAAAGAGUGGGAAAAUUUUUGGCGGAUUUUUAUUUAGUGAAUGGACUUGUGUUAGAAUCAAGAAAAAGAAGAGAACAUCUCAGUGAAGAAGAUAUUCUUCGAAAUAAGGCCAUCAUGGAGAGUUUGAGUAAAGGUGGAAACAUAAUGGAACAGAAUUUUGAGCCAGUUCGAAGACAAUCCCUUACCCCACCUCCUCAGAACACUAUUACAUGGGAAGAAUAUAUAUCUGCUGAAAAUGGAAAAGCUCCUCAUCUGGGUAGAGAACUCGUGUGCAAGGAGAGUAAGAAGACAUUUAAAGCCACGAUAGCCAUGAGCCAGGAAUUCCCCUUAGGAAUUGAAUUAUUAUUGAAUGUUUUAGAAGUAAUAGCUCGGGCCCGGCGAGCUCCCUUCAAGCACUUUAACAAGCUUAGAGAAUUUGUUCAGAUGAAGCUGCCACCAGGCUUUCCUGUAAAAUUAGAUAUACCUGUGUUUCCCACGAUCACAGCCACUGUGACUUUUCAGGAGUUUCGAUAUGAUGAAUUUGAUGGCUCCAUCUUUACUAUACCUGAUGACUACAAGGAAGACCCAAGCCAUUUUCCUGAUCUUUAACUCGCUGAAAAAUGAUACCACCUACCCAGGAAGAAAACUGCAGAGAAGCCACAAGUGAAUCCAAACAGAAGGGACAAAUGCUUUCACCGAAGAAAAGGGAAUUCAUUACACACUGGACUGCCACAUCAGUGACAUGAUAGCGGACACGGGCCCCUCAUAAGAAUUCAGCAAGUUUUCUGAUGUGCCAUUUUUGGUCUUUUUGAAAAUACAGUUAUUAUAAGCUUAAUAGUUUGACACUGUAAUGACCCCAAGACCUUCGUAUGUAAAGCAGCUAUGAGUGCUGUGAUUUGUUUUUAAACAUUUUUACACUUCCUUCUUGUUGAAAUAUAUAUGCAUAUAAAUAUAUCUAUAUCUAUACCUAAAACACUCCUGGACCAUUAACAUAAAUUAAUGUCUUAAGAGAUAUGAAGCCCUUUUAAACUUGUCAUCUUAUAUUCAAGGUGACAUUUAUAAAUAUUCCUUCCAGCUUUGUUUUCAUAAAAUGUAAACUAUGUAACAUUAUGUAUAGUUCAGUAAUUUGAAUGUUUGUUCAAUAUAAUGAACUAGAAGGAAUGCAGAUUUCUGUAGACGAAUGAACCAAAUGGCAACCAUUAAACAAUUGCAUUUCUAUGUUG